AUGAUGAACAGCUUUGCGAUUAAAAGGGCGUACACGUGUGAACAUGAGUGUAAAAAAAUACAUAAAUAUAUUAGUAUAGGAAUUGACCGUAAAUCCAGGCCUCCCAUCAGCACGUGUGUAAGGAAAUUUGGGAAUAGCGAACUGGUCAGCAUCAGUCAGAAAUUGUUCCUACAUAAUAACACACGAGGGAGGAGAUCGUCUAGGAAAAAACUCACCAGGGUGAUAUGUUAUAAUUUUAAAGGAGGUGGUGGCCCCGGCGUGUGCAGCGCGGAAGAUAAUCAGGCACACGCGUGGCGUAGAGUAAUAAAGGGGAGUAUAUUGGACAAGGGAGAAGAGCCGAAGCAGGUGAGGGGGAACGCCUCAAUUGUACACACACACGUGAGGUCAGGGAGAAUUGGAGAAGAGGGAACCCCCAGCACACCAUCCCCAAAUGUACUGAACCAGAAGAACAUUUUAAGUAUCUCGAGUAAGUGGGACAGCACAGCCAUUUGGUCAUCCAGUAAAAUGAGAAGAAUGAAAUUUAGGAGCUUCACACAAAUCGUUGCCGUAUCGAUAAAAAAAGAUAAGUACGUGAAAUUUUCCCGAUUAAGUCUGAGCGAAUUGCUGCCUUGUAUACUAGACCAUUUAUCAGAGGAGAGCGACGUAAAAACGUGGAACAGCAUAUUUUUGCAGGUAGACAAAUUAGUGUCCAAAAAAGGUGGGGGCGAAGAGUAUAAAGCAGAAUUGAACGCCUUCUUCGAUAAACUGACCAACAUGGAGUACUACGCUGUGCUUCACCACCUGAAGGAUGUCGACGAGGGAUUGAAAAACAACAUUUUGAAUGGCGCCUUUUUCGAGUGCCUCGUGUUGUCCCUGAGGGGGAGGGACAUAACGUAUUUGAACGAGCGGGUAGGGCGGCGAGGAGUAGAAAAACAAGAAAAUGAAGAAGGAGGAAAAGAAGUAGAGCUGGAAGAUUCACCACAGAUCAGACGUGGAGACCCCGGGCAGAUCGAGAAGAAGCGCGGAAGCAAGGUCAAAUCGUACAUGAAAAACUUGAAGCAUCUUUUAAAUAUAUCAGGGAGUAGGGUUGACGCCAAGGGGGGGCGAACGCGCUUGAGGAGCAGCAGUGGCAAUCAGAGGUUGAAGAAAAAAGACUGGAUCGUUUGGACGACAAGGAGGAAGCAUCAUGUCCGAAUGAUUUGGUCAGUUUAA